ACUGCCCAGUGCCCAGCUUCUCUGUGACAAUAUUCGCCUAACAAUUCGCGCGUAUGCAGGCUUCAUAGACUGAUAACAGACGCCGCGGCCGCAUAGCUCUUGAUACUCGUGUGUUCAGUUCUAGUGUUCAAUAUGUAAACGUGUUCUGUGACGAGAAAAUUUCGGACGGGAACAGUGAAGACUUGUGAUCAAGCUUAAGUUUUUUGUUCGACUCGAUUUGUGGUAAAAAAUGGCGGAUAUCAACCAAGCGCAGGCGCACACCUUACUCGGACAGAAGACUGAAGUUCCGAAGAGGAAAGACACAGCACUGACAAGAACACUACGGUCAUGCUGCGUUAUCCCUCAACGAUAUAUCUUAGGUGUGAUGGGUCUGCUGGGCGUGUGCAACGCAUACACAAUGAGGGUGUGCCUGAACCUGGCGAUCACACAGAUGGUGAACCACACGAGUGCUGCUGGCAAACACUUUGACCCAGACGCUUGUCCGAGCGACGAUGUUGGUGGCAAUGGAACAACGGUUGCUCCGAGACCGUACGCAACAUUCGACUGGGACGAAAAAACGCAAGGUCUAAUUCUGAGUGGUUUCUACUACGGGUACGCUGCUACCCAGGUCCCAGGUGGCUACUUCGCCGAGAAGUUGGGAGGCAAGUGGACCCUGGGUAUUGGGCUACUCAGCACGGCUCUCUUCACCUUCCUUACACCUAUAGUCAUUAGAGUAGGAGGAGCUACGUGGCUUUUCAUCCUCCGAGUUCUGCAGGGGAUGGGAGAGGGUCCAACUAUGCCUGCACUCAUGAUCAUGUUAGCAAGAUGGGUGCCACCCCACGAAAGAUCCUUCCAAGGGGCUCUUGUUUUCGGAGGAGCACAGAUUGGCAACAUCUUCGGUUCCUUCAUGUCUGGUAUCUUGCUAUCUGAUGGUAGAGACUGGGCAUACGUAUUCUAUUUCUUCGGUGGAUUCGGAAUUCUGUGGUUUGUUCUGUGGAGUCUCCUCUGCUACAGCACACCGAACACCCACCCGUAUAUUUCCAAAAAGGAGCUGGCGUAUUUGAACAAGAACGUCACAACAGCUGAAGGCUCGACCAAGAAGGAUCCUGUGCCGUGGAAGGCUUUGCUGCGGUCAGCGCCUGUGUGGGCAUUGGUGUGGGCAGCGGUCGGCCAUGACUGGGGUUACUACACCAUGGUGACAGAUCUGCCCAAAUACUCCCACGACGUGCUGAAAUUCAACAUUGCGACUACGGGCACUCUGACAGCCCUACCGUACAUCGCCAUGUGGCUCAGCUCCUUCCUCUUCGGUUUUGUCUGCGAUUUGUGCAUCAAGAAGGGAUGGCACACCAUCAAAACUGGAAGAAUCAUUCACACGACCAUUGCCGCCACGGGUCCAGCUAUCUGCAUCAUCCUAGCCUCGUACGCCGGCUGCGACAGGACUGCCGCGAUGGUGUACUUUGUCUUGUCCAUGGCACUCAUGGGUGGUUUCUACAGUGGCAUGAAGGUUAAUGCUUUGGAUCUGUCUCCGAACUACGCUGGCUCUCUGACUUCGCUUGUAAACACCACAUCUACGUUUGCCGGCAUCAUCACGCCGUAUCUCAUAGGAUUAUUGACUCCUGAUUCAACACUUGCGCAAUGGCGCGUGGCUUUCUGGGUGUGCUUCGCAGUGCUGGUUGGCACCAACGUCAUUUACUGCAUCUGGGCUGACGGUGAGCAGCAGUGGUGGGACGAUGUGAGGAAAUUCGGAUAUCCCACCAAUUGGAAACAUGGAUCUCUCAUCAGGGAUGAUAAUGUGGAACAACCUGAAUCCGUGCAGCUGGCUAGCAAGAAGGUCAACGAAGAUGUAUACUAAGCUUUACUUUAAGCGAAUGGAUGCUUCUAAAUUAUAGAUUACUUGUUCUACAUUCAUGUAGACUAAAGGGUCAUCAAUAUAAGGGCAACAAGGGUUUAAAUAUAAUUGACUUUCAAUAACCUAGUGACAUUAUGUUAAUAUUAUUUGAAUACUUGAAAUUCAAGUUUGCAGUAAAAAUAUACUAUCUUAUCAUAAUAUCUAUUUUUUGUCACCAAUGAAAUUGGCGUUUAGUUAAUAUCGACUUCUCGAGUAUUGAUUUGAUAAAAAGUUGAUCCUUAAAGGAUGAUGCUUAAUAUUCCAUAAUUAUAAUCAAACAGUAGGUAAACUUAAUACUUUAAUAUUAAUACUAGUAUUUUAAGUGCAACUGUAUAAUGUUUUUAUACUUGUAUAAUAGUAAACUAUUGUUGACGAAAUAAGUGCAAACCAAACUGUGAAUGUGUUAUAUUAUUAGAGUGAUGGCUUUUGUUAUCAUAUCAUAAUUGUGCCAUGUUUAUUUUAGAUUUUAGUAUACACUAUUGCAUGAAUGGAUAGAAAAUGUAAUGAAGAAUUACUGAUGAUUAUUAUUUACCUGUGUCUUAGUCAAAUACAUAGUUAUUAUGUACCAUUUCAAUAAUAU